AUGGAUCCGAACAAGCCGCAGUACUUUAUUCAUCCAUAUGACCCAUCGAACCUUACUGGUACAAAGCUCCAAGUCAUUUCUGGUUCACCACUAGCAGUUGUAGCUGCAGUACAAAAAGCACAACAGCAACAUGUGGCCGCAACACUUACAAGUGCUGGUGCACCGGUUGCUGUAAACAUCGAUAUACAGGCACUAACCGACAUGGCACAUCGAGAAUAUCAAUCCGGUGAUUAUGCAAAUGCUGAACAGCAUUGCGUGACAAUUUGGCGUGCGGAUCCAAACAACGUCAGCGUUUUACUUCUCCUCUCUUCCAUACACUUCCAACUAAAGGAUCUUGAUAAGUCGAUGCAAUUUUCAACAAUGGCAAUUAAAGCAAAUCCGAAAUGCGCUGAAGCGUACAGUAAUUUGGGCAAUGUAUACAAGGAACGCAAUCAGUUAGCAGAAGCACUAGAAAAUUAUAAAAUAGCGGUAUCACUAAAACCAGACUUUAUUGAUGGAUAUAUCAAUCUAGCAGCUGCGUUGGUCGCGACUGGUGAUUUGGAUCAAGCUGUGAAUGCAUAUGUUUCUGCGCUUCAGUACAAUCCCGAUCUUUACUGUGUGCGAAGUGAUCUAGGAAACUUGUUGAAAGCGAUGGGCCGUCUCGAAGAUGCUAAGUGGGUUUUUGCGAUUAAUUCAUCAUUAGCAGACUUGGAGUUUGUUGUGGCUCAGGCGAAGAGAGGCAGUUCGAGGUUUGUCGAUUUGGAUGCAGCUUUCCGUUACUAUCCAAAUAAAUGGCACAGUCUCUAUUGA